CCAAAUUUAAAAAUGUUCCGUUACUGGUUGUGUUUUGUUUUUUUCUUGGCGGGUAACUGCGGCGCGAACAACUGUAGGGACGCCAACCUUUGCUGUCCGGGGCGGGACAGUGCCUGUGUGGUGCAGAAGGCGCAUCAGAACGCGAUAAUUGAGGAUUUGACGGACAAGCCGUGUUACUGUGACCAUGCGUGCUUGAAAUUGGGAGACUGCUGUUCAGAUUUUAGAGAAACCUGCGGAGUGGUCGACUGCGACGUAUCGCCCUGGGGCUCGUGGUCGACAUGCGACACGCGCUGUGGCGCCGGCAGCAUGGUGCGCACGCGGCGCGUAAUCCGCUCCCCGGCGCGAGGCGGCCGCCAUUGCCCCUCGUUGGUGCAACGUCGCGCGUGUCAGGAGCAUCAAGGGUGUCCGCAUGACAGCAUGCUGAUGCAGCGAGACGAGACGGCAAUGAUUCUGCCCGGCGCUUUGUCAGUGAGCCGCCAUUUUAACGCGACCUCCGACAUCCGCAAGAACCUGCGUAUGCGCAACCCGGACGACCCCGAAGCCAACGCGCACAGAGAGUACUGCGUCGAGUUUCAAGUGACCAAGGUGUCGAAAGCCUGCCACCUGGACUCUGACUACAAGGCCCUGAGAGAAGGCGAGAAAGUGUGCGUACUCUGCGAGGCCGCAGCCCUGCGUCGCGACCUAAAGUGGCGGUGCGGCGGUCACGGCGUCACCGGCCACUCCACCCGUUUCUACGCGCUGGUGGCGCCGCACUGCCGAGGCAAGUGGCAGCGCGCCGGCAGCCCGGACAAGCGCGACCACUGCUGCGCCAACCCUAACUUCAUAUUUGUGUAA